UGGGUGGGGAAGUCAAGAGCGUGAGGCUGUGAUCUUGGGGGCUUGGUUGGCAGGGGCGGAGAGAGGAGGCGUGCAAAACUUGUCACACAGGACCCUCAGACUGUCUCCAAAUACAACCUCCGCGUGACAGGAAUAAGGAGCCUCCAAGGCCAUGGCCUCCGUAGGAGCGACCCCAGGCAGGACGCCGCAGGGACCGGGACCCAGGGAGGCCUCGGCCAGCUUCCCCAGCCCGGCCCCAGUGCCGGAGCCCCGGGAGGCCGAGGAGGAGGACGAGGAGGAGCCCGCGGAGAUUCAUCUGUGUGUGCUGUGGAGCUCAGGGUACCUGGGCAUUGCCUACUAUGACACUAGUGACUCCACCAUCUACUUUAUGCCAGAUGCCCCAGACCACGAGAGCCUCCAGCUGCUCCAGAGAGUUCUGGAUGAAAUCGAUCCCCAGUCUGUUGUCACGAGCGCCAAACAGGAUGAGAAUAUGACUCGUUUUCUGGGGAAGCUUGCCUCCCAAGAGCACAGAGAGCCUAAGAGACCUGAAAUCAUACUUUUGCCAAGUGUGGAUUUUGGCCUGGAGAUAAGCAAACAGCGCCUCCUUUCUGGAAACUACUCCUUCAUACCAGACUCCAUGACCGCCACUGAGAAAAUCCUCUUCCUCUCCUCCAUCAUCCCCUUUGACUGCCUCCUCACGGUUCGAGCACUUGGAGGGCUGCUGAAGUUCUUGGGUCGAAGAAGAAUCGGGGUUGAACUGGAAGACUAUAACGUCAGCAUCCCCAUCCUAGGCUUUAAGAAAUUUGCGUUGACACAUCUGGUGAGCAUAGAUCAAGACACUUACAGUGUUCUGCAGAUAUUUAAGAGUGAGCCUCACCCCUCAGUGUACAAAGUGGCCAGUGGACUCAAGGAGGGGCUCAGCCUCUUUGGAAUCCUCAACAGAUGCCGCUGUAAGUGGGGAGAGAAACUGCUCAGGCUAUGGUUCACACGUCCAACCCAGGACCUGGAGGAACUAAAUUCCCGUCUGGAUGUCAUUCAGUUUUUCCUGUUACCCCAGAAUCUGGACAUGGCUCAGAUGCUGCAUCGAUUGCUGGGUCACAUCAAGAACGUGCCUCUGAUUCUUAAACGCAUGAAGUUGUCCCACACCAAGGUCAGUGACUGGCAGGUUCUCUACAAGACAGUGUACAGUGCCCUGGGCCUGAGGGAUGCUUGCCGCUCCCUGCCCCAGUCCAUUCAGCUCUUUCGGGACAUUGCCCAAGAGUUCUCUGAUGACCUACACCACAUUGCCAGCCUCAUUGGGAAAGUGGUGGACUUUGAGGGCAGUCUUGCUGAAAAUCGCUUCACAGUCCUCCCCAACAUAGAUCCUGAAAUUGAUGAGAAAAAACGAAGGCUGACAGGACUUCCCAGUUUCCUCACUGAGGUGGCUCGGAAGGAGCUGGAAAAUCUGGACCCCCGUAUCCCUUCAUGCAGUGUCAUCUACAUCCCUCUGAUUGGCUUCCUUCUUUGUAUUCCCCGCCUGCCUUCCAUGGUGGAGACCAGUGACUUCGAGAUUGAGGGUCUGGACUUCAUGUUCCUCUCAGAGGAGAAGCUUCACUAUCGUAGUGCUCGAACCAAGGAGCUGGAUGCAUUGCUGGGGGACCUGCACUGCGACAUCCGGGACCAGGAAACCCUGCUGAUGUACCAGCUGCAGUGUCAGGUGCUGGCACGGGCAGCUGUCUUGACCCAGGUGUUGGACCUCGCCUCCCGCCUGGACGUCCUCUUGGCUCUUGCCAGUGCCGCCCGGGACUAUGGCUACUCAAGGCCCCGUUACUCCCCACGGCUCCUUGGGGUACGAAUCCAGAAUGGCAGGCAUCCUCUGAUGGAGCUCUGUGCCCGAACCUUCGUGCCCAACUCCGCAGAAUGCGGGGGGUACAAAGGGAGGGUCAAAGUCAUCACUGGACCCAACUCCUCAGGGAAGAGCAUAUACCUCAAACAGGUAGGCUUGAUCACAUUCAUGGCCCUGGUGGGCAGCUUUGUGCCAGCAGAGGAAGCCGAAAUCGGGGCAGUAGACGCCAUCUUCACCCGAAUCCAUAGCUGUGAAUCCAUCUCCCUUGGCCUCUCUACCUUCAUGAUCGACCUCAACCAGCAGGUGGCGAAAGCAGUGAACAAUGCCACCGAGCGGUCGCUGGUCCUUAUUGAUGAAUUCGGAAAGGGAACCAACACGGUGGAUGGUCUCGCGCUUCUAGCGGCCGUGAUCCGACACUGGCUGGCGCUUGGGCCCACGUGCCCCCACAUCUUCGUGGCCACCAACUUUCUGAGCCUCAUUCAGCUACAGCUGCUGCCACAGGGGCCCCUCGUGCAGUAUUUGACCAUGGAGACCUGUGAAGAUGGGAAUGACCUUGUCUUCUUCUAUCAGGUUUGCGAAGGUGUUGCCAAUGCCAGCCAUGCCUCCCACACAGCUGCCCAGGCUGGGCUUCCUGAGAAGCUCGUUGCUCGUGGCAAGGAGGUCUCAGACUUGAUCUGCAGUGGAAAGCCCAUCAAGCCUGUCAAGGAGCUGCUAAAGGAGAAACAAAUGGAAAAUUGCCAGAUGUUAGUAGACAAGUUUCUGAAACUGGAUUUGGAAGAUCCCAGUCUGGACCUGGACAUUUUCAUGAGACAGGAAGUGCUGCCUGCUGCCGCCACCGUCCUCUGAGAGUCUUUCCUGGGCUCUCCUCCACGUCCCAAACCCCGGGAGGCUGCCAGGCCCUCUUUGUUUCCUUACCUCCUUCACACCCAGAGUUCUCAGUUUCCCUGGAAAUUUUGUUUCAUGUUAGUAAUAAAGUUUAUUUUGGAGAAA